CUAGACUAUAUUAAGUUCCUGGCAGAGCGUCUCUUUGUUGUUACCGACGUGGUGGUUUCGUUGUUAGGAUGUCUGGCCGUGGCAAAGGAGGAAAAGGCUUAGGGAAGGGAGGCGCUAAGAGGCACCGUAAGGUCCUUCGAGACAACAUUCAGGGCAUCACGAAGCCCGCCAUUCGCCGCUUGGCUCGCCGUGGGGGAGUGAAGCGUAUCUCCGGGCUCAUCUAUGAAGAGACUCGAGGCGUCUUGAAGGUCUUCUUGGAGAAUGUUAUCCGGGAUGCUGUUACCUAUACUGAACAUGCCAAGAGAAAGACGGUGACGGCCAUGGACGUAGUUUAUGCUUUGAAACGCCAAGGCCGCACCUUGUAUGGUUUUGGUGGUUAGAAAGCUACAUUUCCACUGCUGACAAAGGAACCCAAAGGCCCUUUUCAGGGCCACCCACGCAGUCAAUUUAAAGAGCUGUUUUCAUUUGGCAAAAAAAGACCCCUAAUUAAUGUAACUACUAUAAA